AUGGAAAAUUACAAUGAGACCUCUACUGACUUCAUCCUCCUGGGCCUGUUACCCCCAUCAAGCCUUGGCCUUUUCCUCUUCACUUUCAUCAUCCCCAUCUUCCUGAUGACCCUGGCUGGCAACCUGUGCAUGGUCCUGCUCAUCCUCCUGGAUGCCCAGCACCACACACCCAUGUACUUCCUGCUCAGUCAGCUCUCCCUCAUGGACCUCAUUUACAUCUGCACCACUGUGCCCAAGAUGGCUUCUGCUUUCCUAUUUGGACAGAAGUCCAUCUCCUUCAUCAGGUGUGAGGUUCAGUGUUUCUUCUUCAUGUCCUUAGCAGGGGCAGAGGCACUGCUCCUGAUGUCUAUGUCCUAUGACCAUUACAUGGCUAUUUGCUUCCCUCUGCACUACCCCAUCCACAUGAACAGAAGAGUGUGUGUGCUGAUGAUCCUGGGAUCCUGGACAAUGGGUGCUAUCAACUCCUUUCCUCAUACAGUCUAUGUCCUCCAUAUUCCUUACUGCAGGUCCAGAUCCAUCAAUCAUUUCUUCUGUGAUAUCCCAGCCAUGCUGACGCUGGCUUGUGGGGACACCCACGUCUAUGAGUACAUUGUGUUCUUCACCACCAUCAGCUUUCUCCUGUUCCCUUUCAUGGUCAUCCUGGGUUCCUACUGGAAAGUGCUCCUCACUGUCUACUGCAUGUGCUCAUGGGAAGGCAGGAAGAAGUCCUAUUCCACUGGCAGUGCCCACCUCACUGUGGUGACUUUGUACAUUGCACGCUUUGCUUACUCUUAUCUCUGCCCAAAGUCCUUCCAGUCUCCAGCAAAGGACAAGGUGGUAGCUGCCUUUUACACCAUCCUCAUCCCAGUGCUCAACCCUGUGAUCUACAGCCUUAGGAACAAGGAGGUUCUGGGGGCCCUGAGAAGAGUGGCUGGGAAGUUCUGCUCUACAACAAUGUAG